GAAAUACCCAAAUUAGUGGAAAAAUAAUUAUAUGAGGCUGGUCUGACUGGAGAGGACGCUGUUAUCGUCUUCUUCUUCCCGCUCGCCUCUGCACCACCGUAAGAUUACGCAACCAAAACCUCCGCCGCAGUUUCCGUUUCGCAGUGCAAUCAAUACAUUUAUUUACUACUUACAAAAAGUGAUCGCCAUCUCUAAUCUCAGAUAAUUUUCAGGAUUGUGGCAAUGGGGAGCCUAAAUGAAGAGAAACUCAAAUUUUGCAUUGACAGAGGGGGCACAUUUACUGAUGUGUAUGCUGAGAUUCCAGGACAGUCCGAAGGUCGUGUUAUGAAACUACUGUCUGUUGAUCCAUCUAAUUAUGAUGAUGCUCCUGUAGAAGGAAUUAGGAGGGUUUUGGAGGAAUUUACUGGACAGAAGAUUCCCCGUAAUACCAAAAUACCUACAGACAAGAUAGAAUGGAUAAGAAUGGGUACAACUGUGGCAACAAAUGCAUUGCUAGAGAGACAAGGCGAGAGGAUUGCAUUGUGUGUGACUAGAGGCUUCCGAGAUUUGCUGCAAAUUGGUAACCAGGCUCGUCCAAAUAUUUUUGACCUCACUGUAUCCAAACCCUCUAAUCUUUAUGAGGAGGUUGUAGAGGUCGACGAGAGAGUUGAGCUCGUCCUUGAUAAGGAGGAAUUAAAUUCAGACUCUUGUGACUCAAUAUUUCAGGGUGUUUCAGGUGAACAUGUAAGAGUUGUGAAGCCUCUCAAUGAAGAAGCUCUAAAGCCUUUGCUCAAAUCUCUGCUGGAAAAAGGAAUCAGUUGCUUAGCUGUGGUUCUGAUGCAUUCCUAUACUUACCCACACCAUGAAAUACUUGUGGAAAAGCUAGCUUUGAGUUUGGGCUUUAGGCAUGUAUCAUUAUCAUCAGCUCUGACUCCUAUGGUUCGAGCUGUGCCUCGAGGUUUCACAGCAAGUGUGGAUGCAUACUUGACUCCAGUUAUUAAAGAAUAUUUAUCUGGGUUCAUGUCAAAAUUUGAUGAAGGACUAGGGAAGUUGAACGUCUUAUUUAUGCAAUCAGAUGGAGGGCUUGCACCAGAAAGUAGAUUUUCUGGCCACAAAGCAAUUCUGUCUGGUCCUGCAGGUGGUGUAGUUGGUUACUCACAGACACUUUUUGGAAUUGAGACAAACAAGGCCCUCAUAGGUUUUGACAUGGGUGGUACAUCUACUGAUGUUAGUCGGUAUGCUGGUAGCUACGAACAAGUUAUUGAAACACAGGUUGCUGGCACUAUUAUUCAGGCACCUCAGCUUGACAUAAACACUGUAGCUGCUGGAGGUGGCUCAAAGUUAAAGUUUCAGUUUGGAUCUUUUCGAGUGGGACCAGAAUCUGUAGGUGCUCACCCUGGACCGGUAUGCUAUCGGAAAGGAGGGCAGCUUGCUGUAACAGAUGCAAAUCUUAUUUUGGGAUAUGUAAUUCCUGAAUAUUUCCCAUCUAUCUUUGGUCCCAAUGAAGACCAGCCACUUGAUGUUGAUGCUACUAGACAAGAGUUUGAGAAACUUGCAAAGGAUAUCAACUCCUAUAGAAAGACUCAGGAUCCUUUAGCAAAGGAUAUGACUGUGGAGGAGAUUGCACAGGGAUUUGUGAAUGUGGCCAAUGAAACCAUGUGCCGUCCAAUAAGGCAAUUGACUGAGAUGAAGGGCCAUGAGACAAGCAACCAUGCUCUUGCUUGCUUUGGAGGUGCAGGACCUCAACAUGCCUGUGCCAUUGCUAGAUCAUUGGGUAUGAAAGAAGUUCUAAUUCACAGGUUCUGUGGGAUCUUGAGUGCUUAUGGGAUGGGAAUGGCAGAUGUGAUUGAAGAGGCACAGGAACCAUAUUCUGCUGUUUAUGGCCCUGAAUCUGUUGUUGAGGCUUCUCACAGAGAAUGUGUUUUGCUGAAGCAAGUGAAGGAGAGUCUGCAACAACAAGGGUUCAGAGAGGAAAAUAUCAUCACUGAAACAUACUUAAAUCUAAGGUAUGAGGGAACAGAUACAGCAAUCAUGGUAAAAAGACCUGUUGAUGAUGGGUCUGAGGGUGAUUAUGCCUGUGAGUUUGUCAAAUUAUUCCAACGGGAAUAUGGAUUUAAACUCCAAAACAGGCAUAUACUUAUAUGUGAUGUAAGAGUUCGUGGUAUUGGAGUCACUAAUAUAUUGAAGCCACGUGCAUUAGAACCUGCCUCAUGCACCCCUAAAGUUGAAACUCAUUACAAGGUCUAUUUUGGGAAUGCAUGGUUUGAUACUCCUUUGUUCAAGCUUGAGGAUCUGGCAUAUGGCCAUAUUAUUUCAGGACCCGCAAUUAUUAUGAAUGGUAACAGCACAGUGAUAGUAGAACCCAACUGUAAAUCAACUAUUACCAAAUAUGGCAACAUCAAAAUAGAAAUUGAGACAACUUCAAGUACAUUGAAAGUAGAGGGAAAAGUUGCAGAUGUUGUCCAACUCUCAAUCUUCAACAACAGGUUUAUGGGAAUUGCUGAACAGAUGGGCCGCACCCUGCAGAGAACUUCCAUAUCCACAAAUAUCAAGGAAAGGCUAGAUUUCUCGUGUGCACUCUUUGGUCCUGAUGGGGGCCUGGUGGCAAAUGCUCCCCAUGUUCCUGUUCACUUGGGGGCCAUGUCUAGUACAAUCCGGUGGCAGUUGCAGUACUGGGGUGAUAAUCUGCAUGAAGGGGAUGUUUUGGUUACCAAUCAUCCUUCUGCUGGAGGUAGCCAUCUGCCGGAUAUUACUGUCAUCACACCUGUUUUUAAUCAAGGUGAAUUGAUAUUCUUCGUUGCAAGUAGAGGGCAUCAUGCAGAGAUUGGAGGUAUUACUCCUGGAAGUAUGCCACCCUUCUCAAAGUUCAUAUGGGAGGAAGGAGCUGCUAUAAAAGCCUUCAAGCUUGUAGAGAAGGGUAUUUUUCAGGAAGAAGGAAUCACUAACCUACUUCAGUUCCCAAGUUCUGAUGAGCCAGUUCAUAAAAUUCCAGGAACACGCAGGCUUCAAGAUAAUUUAUCGGAUCUUCAUGCACAAGUGGCAGCAAAUCAGAGAGGAAUUACCCUUAUAAAGGAGCUUAUCGAUCAAUAUGGCCUGGAGACUGUCCAGGCAUACAUGAAUUAUGUGCAGGCAAACGCCGAAGGAGCAGUGCGAGAAAUGCUCAAAUCUGUUGCUGCUAAAGUCUCUUCUGAAUCAUCUGAGUUCAGGGAAAGUGGUGCUUUGGUGACCAUUGAAGAAGAAGAUUACAUGGAUGAUGGGUCUACUAUACACUUAAAACUUACUAUUGACCCUGAAAAGGGAGAAGCACUCUUUGAUUUCUCGGGUACCAGUCCUGAAGUUUAUGGUAACUGGAAUGCUCCGGAAGCAGUGACAGCUGCUGCAGUCAUUUAUUGCCUACGCUGUUUGGUAAAUGUUGACAUCCCUCUUAAUCAAGGUUGCUUAGCUCCUGUGAAGAUAUAUAUACCUCCAGGCUCAUUUCUCUCCCCAAGUGAUAAGGCUGCUGUUGUGGGUGGUAAUGUUCUUACAUCUCAGAGAAUAACCGAUGUCAUUCUUACUGCAUUCCAGGCUUGUGCUUGUUCACAGGGCUGCAUGAACAAUUUAACCUUUGGGGAUGACACUUUUGGAUAUUAUGAAACAAUUGGUGGUGGAAGCGGUGCUGGCCCAACUUGGAACGGCACCAGUGGGGUCCAGUGUCAUAUGACAAACACCCGUAUGACUGAUCCAGAAAUUUUUGAACAGCGGUACCCAGUUAUAUUGCACAGGUUUGCGAUAAGAGAGAACAGUGGAGGAACUGGACUACACAGGGGAGGGGAUGGCCUUCUCAGGGAGAUAGAAUUCAGACGGCCAGUUGUCGUGAGUAUCCUUUCAGAAAGGCGCGUGCAUACCCCAAGGGGAUUAAAGGGGGGCAAAGACGGUGCUCGUGGCUUCAAUUACCUCAUUACAAAAGAUAACCGUUCUGUGUAUCUUGGUGGAAAAAACACUGUUCAGGCUCAGGCUGGGGAGGUCCUUCAGAUUUUAACCCCUGGGGGUGGAGGCUGGGGCUCAAUUUAAUCUUUGACCGGUGAGUUUUCAUGAUCAUCUGCUUGAUUUUGUAUUCCUUAAUUUCACUGUUCUCCCCUCCCAACAAGAGAAAAGGGAAGAUAAUAUUGACUAUGUUACUAGUCUUGAAAUCAUGUUAUCAAUAAUAAUGUCACCACAUACCUGUUUUUAUGUGAAAAUUAUCUUAUUUGUCUUCUCA